GUCUCUGCUCUGGGUCAGGCGAGGCAGCCACCCAUGAUGAGCUCUGCAGCCUUCCCGAGGUGGCCGAGCAUGGGGGUCCCUCGCACCCCUUCACGGACAGUGCUCUUCGAGCGGGAGAGGACGGGCCUGACCUACCGCGUGCCCUCGCUGCUCCCCGUGCCCCCCGGGCCCACCCUGCUGGCUUUUGUGGAGCAGCGGCUCAGCCCUGACGACUCCCACGCCCACCGCCUGGUGCUGAGGAGGGGCACGCUGGCCGGGGGCUCCGUGCGGUGGGGCGCCCUGCACGUGCUAGGGACAGCGGCCCUGGCGGAGCACCGGUCCAUGAACCCCUGCCCUGUGCACGAUGCUGGCACGGGCACCGUCUUCCUCUUCUUCAUCGCGGUGCUGGGCCACACGCCUGAGGCCGUGCAGAUCGCCACGGGGAGGAACGCCGCGCGCCUCUGCUGUGUGGCCAGCCGUGACGCCGGCCUCUCGUGGGGCAGUGCCCGGGACCUCACUGAGGAGGCCAUCGGUGGUGCCGUGCAGGACUGGGCCACGUUCGCCGUGGGUCCCGGCCACGGCGUGCAGCUGCCCUCAGGCCGCCUGCUGGUGCCCGCCUACACCUACCGCGUGGACCGCCGAGAGUGUUUUGGCAAGAUCUGCCGGACCAGCCCUCACUCCUUCGCCUUCUACAGCGAUGACCACGGCCGCACCUGGCGCUGCGGAGGCCUCGUGCCCAACCUGCGCUCAGGCGAGUGCCAGCUGGCGGUGGUGGACGGUGGGAAGGCCGGCAGCUUCCUCUACUGCAACGCCCGGAGCCCCCUGGGCAGCCGCGUGCAGGCGCUCAGCACUGACGAGGGCACCUCCUUCCUGCCCGCAGAGCGCGUGGCUUCCCUGCCCGAGACUGCCUGGGGCUGCCAGGGCAGCAUCGUGGGCUUCCCGGCCCCCGCCCCCAGCAGGCCAUGGGAUGACGGUUGGUCAGUGGGCCCCGGGAGUUCCCUCCGGCCUCCACUCCUCGGUCCUGGAGUCCAUGAACCCCCAGAGGAGGCUGCUGGAGACCCCCGUGGAGGCCAGGUGCCUGGUGGGCCCUUCAGCCGUCUGCAGCCUUGGGGGGAUGGCCCCAGGCACCCUGGCCUCAGGCCUGGGGUCAGUGGGGAUGUGGGGUCCUGGACCCUGGCACUCCCCAUGCCCUUUGCUGCCCCGCCCCAGAGCCCCACGUGGCUGCUGUACUCCCACCCAGUGGGGCGCAGGGCUCGGCUACACAUGGGUAUCCGCCUGAGCCAGUCCCCGCUGGACCCGCGCAGCUGGACAGAGCCCUGGGUGAUCUACGAGGGCCCCAGCGGCUACUCCGACCUGGCGUCCAUCGGGCCAGCCCCUGAGGGGGGCCUGGUUUUCGCCUGCCUGUACGAGAGCGGGGCCAGGACCUCCUAUGAUGAGAUUUCCUUUUGUACAUUCUCCCUGCGUGAGGUCCUGGAGAACGUGCCCGCCAGCCCCGAGCGGCCCAACCUUGGGGAUAAGCCUCAGGGGUGCUGCUGGCCCUCGUGACAGGCCUUCUGGCCGUGCCCAUGCCCCUUGGGUGCCCGGGGCAGAGGAGUGGAAUACGCUGGGGUGCCCCAGGAUGGAUGUGGGGGGGGCUCUUAGUGCAGGAUCCUGUGGAUUAGAAACAAGUUGCUCCUCAGAGCUCUCAAGCAGGGGCUGCUCUUUAGGAAGGGGAGUAGCGGCUGGGAGUGAGCAGGGCAGGGUGGAGGCAGGGUGGGGGCAUGAAGUGGGCCCUGGGUGACCCCCACAGCUCCCUUCCGAGGCUGCAGGGCCAGGCGCGGGACCGCAGGCAGGGUGUUGUGGGUGGCAGCACUUGCUUACUGGUUGCUUUCUGGCUCGAAAUAAAGGAAUCGUGCUUGUGUUGGG